AAAACGUGAGGGAAAAAUCUAAAUCUCUAAUUGGAGGAGCUGCUGACAACUCAUAGGCAUCUGAAAUGUGACCCAAACUGUGCACUGCUUUGUGUUAGGAACCAAAGAGGUUUGAAACCAGUGGAUCUAUCUUUAACAGUGUGUUGUAUGUUUAAAGUUUGUCAUAUUAUCCAUUAAGUAAAAUGUUCAUCUUAAAAGUAACUAAAGCUUUCAGGUCUGUAUUUCCCACUGAAAUAUAGUAGAGUUGACAUUUAAAGUAGCAGAUAAUGAAAACACUAAAUUAUAGUACAAGAACAGUACUUGAGUAAUUGUACUGAGCUACUUUCCCCCACUGGUUAUCUUGUAAUUAAUCAAACACCCAUCUGGCAGUUUACAAAAUCGGAUUUAUUUUAUUUAUAAUUCAGUUAAAAUAGUCUUGAUUUAACAUGAUAUCUACAAGUUAGUUUAUUUAUCAUUAACCUUCCUAAAUUUGUCAUUAGAACAGGUUAGAAGUGUUUCAGAUCAGGAAGUGUUUAAACUCACCUAGUUUAUGUUGAAGUUUCUGUCUGUCUCUGAUGCAAGUAUAUCAUCUAUGUAUGCAGUUGUUCACAAGGUCAAACUUCCUCCACUGAACGCUGCCUGUUUGUGGAUUUGUCUGUAUGUAAAGAUCAUGCCAAAUUACCCAGCACCUAAAACAUUCUUUAUCAAGCUCCAGACAUGUGUUUUCAAUGUUCUUUAAAUACACUGCACACAAAUACACGCACAUGCACUGCACUUCCUUUGCCAGAUAGUUAAAACUGAACCCCUCCCUUUUUGUCUCGGAGACAAAGCUCAGUUUAUCCUUUUUUUUCUUUUUUUUCGCAUCACACUACAUGAUUAAAAAAUGUGAUUGAACUGUGCAAACUGCAACACUGACUGGGUUAUUUAUCAAUACCAAAAACAUCUCAUACUUUGAAAGAUUCAUCUGUUGGCAACACACCAGUGUGGCAGUGAUAUCUUGUUCUCUUAAAAUGUGUUUUAGGAGCAUUACCAUCAUUUUCUAACAGGAUCUAGUUUAAGAAUUGUAUCAGUACAGGAUGUUAAGUUACAAUUUUAUAUUUACAAUGUUGAAUAAUUACAAGACAUUACCUCAUAAUUAAAUACAAUGCAAUUUGCAUCUAAAUAGUCACAGACAGUGAUAGAGGAUUAUACAACAAUACGAGGAUUAUAGAUCCACUGACAUCCAGGAUUUGCAAAAAGACACAAUAUGUGGCUUGAGCCUGUGUUGAACAUGAAUGUAAUUAGAUUAUUUUACCCCAAAAUGACAUAUAUUAGAUAAGCUGGAAGUCAGUGUGUGUGUGUGUGUGUGUGUGUGUGUGUGUGUGUGUGUGUGUGUGUGUGUGUGUGUGUGUGUGUGUGUGUGUGUGUGUGUGUUACCUACUCCUCACGACACUGUGGUCAAUCAAACCAGCCUCUCUUGCUGUGGCCUGGCUGCAACCCUGUUUGGUUUUACCCACCCACACAUGCACACACACACACAACCUCUGCAGCCUUGUAAACCCACGUUGUGUUGUUUCCAGCAGCAGUAAGAUUUUAUGAGGGCUUGGUAGAGCGGAAUACUGGCUGCUCAGGUCACGACAUGGGGUUACCAAGUGUGUCUGCAUGUGAGCAGAAAGAGUCCUAAUUUUGUUCUGGAAUAGCAGGUUCUGUCUGAUUUCACAUGAGCUGCGACCAACAUUAUAUUUUCAAAUACACUUUCAAGUACUCAUAUACACUCAGAUUCUUACACGGUACUUAAGACCUGCCACAUGUUUUUUUUUUUUUGUUUGUCUACUAGUCAUCCAACAAUUGCUGCACAGUUUGAGAAUUUAUAGAGACUUAAACUUGUUUGAGUUUUUUAUUUUUGUAUUUUUAUUUGCACACACAGAUGUUAAAAUCUGCUGAUGUAACGGGUUCAAAUUCUGGGGAGAAAUCUGUAAUGUGAGUGUUAUGUGGAGAAAGCAACCUUUCAGUUCAACAAAGUCCACCUUUAGUUCAUCAUUCAUCUUUUGUGUUUCCUGACACCAAAGGUCAAGAAUGAAAUGCUCAAACAUUUGUUGGAAACAACUAAACCUAACAAUGAUAAACACACACAUUACUUUUUGAUUUUUAAAGAUGCACUGGUGGGAAAACUGCUUUUUCAACCAUAAAUCAACUUAAAAUAAUUUAGUCUAAUGCUGAUGUUUGGAAGAAAGAGCAAAUGAAAUCAUGAGAACACCAAGACCAAGAGCAAUGUGCCUUUUUAGAUGAUCGAAUAUGAGCUGAACUUGACGAUACUGAGAUGUUUGUGUGAUGGAAACAGAAUAUUAGAUUACUGCCAAAAAAAGAUCCCAUCAGAAGCUACUGCCAGCUGUGAUCCUUAAAUGUCUCAAGCUCAGCUCCAAAAAGGCAUAAUACUAGAUUUUCUUUCUCUGAAUUCCCUGCCCUUGUUCCGUCUUUCUUUCUUUUUUUCCCAUUUUACGACAGGCUGUAAAAGUCAGAGCCAAAACCUGCUGGACGCUUUUAUAUAGAAAACACUAAAAUGGCAAACAAGAGCUGAUCACGAACAUGAGUGAAAGGAAAGGAAAGGAAAGGAAAGGAAAGGAAAGGAAAGGAAAGGAAAGGAAAGGAAAGGAAAGGAAAGGAAAGGAAAGGAAAGGAAAGGAAAGGAAAGGAAAGGAAAGGAAAGGAAAGGAAAGGAAAGGAAAGGAAAGGAAAGGGAAAAAGGAGGAAGCACAUUUGAUCAUAUAGCAAGAAAUGUGUCUAAAUAUACUGUGUAUGUCUGUAUCAAAACUCCUCUUCAAACAAAUACACCACAAACAAGGACUCUUGCAAGACAUUAGGCCUUUUGUAAUGGACAUAGUGACUCACCUUGGUAGAAAUCAAGGCUGUAAAGAUCCGCAUGUUUUAUUAUAAAUACUUUUAUAGAUGUUCAUAUAUCAAGGUCAUCCUCUGACAAACAUCCAACAAGUGCAAUAGAGUUUAUUACACAGCAUAAUAUCAGAUGAUCACUAUCUGAAGUGUGCCACUAACACAAAACACACCAACAUGCACACUGAAAAUAUAACACAUGGAAACAUUUAUGAAUUCCACACUGUGAAUGUAGGUGUACAACAGUGUUUAACAAUGAAAUCCUAUUGACAUAUCUUUCUUCAAAAUCAACAGGUCUCAUACUUGAUCUCUUCAUAUGCCUUUUGAACAUCUUUACACUGUGGGAAAUAAUAGAGAAUUUCAAAUUCAUAAUAAUUCAUCAUAAAAUUUUUUUUAAAAAUGAACUUAAACUAUCACUAAUAUGUCCUUUUUAUUGCUUCUCAGACUCAGAAUAUAACUAAAAUACCUUCACAAUGAGGGUACCACAGUUAAAUAAAAACAGACUUUGUAACACAAUUGAACAUUACUGCCAAAAUGAUACAAAACCUGUGUUAUUUUGUGUGAGAUCACAACAUUACUGUGAACAGCGUCCACUAAGUACAUGUGUGUAUCCAAGAUAAGUCUGUGUUUUUUUCUAAGAGGCAAUUUGUGUCUUAACAGUGGAGCUGAUGCUGCUUUUUACAGCUCAGAGGAGAGAGACAUCUGCUGUUUGAAUGCACACUUGAGAAGCCAAUGGGGACCUGCACUUAAAUCCAUUCACACGCAUUUGUAUAGCUAUCAGCUAAGUUGCAAAAGCCUGUAUUGAUACAUUUGGCUGUCAUUUUUGGAUAUAGAUAGACUAUAUAUUAGAGCAUAACAUUAAAAUUAAUUUAUUCAUCAGUAUUGAUUAUAUUAAAAGCAGAUAUCAAAUCAUGAACAAACAGAAGAAGUGCAUCUCAGUGUUUUUAAACAAUGUUUUUUGUGCUUUGUUUACAAGCUACUUCAGGAAUUUAAAUGCUAAUUAACAUACAGUAAAUCACAUAUUGGCAGAAUUUUGUAUGUAGCCAAAAUUAGCCUCAGCAAAUGCAGCAUAGGUAAAACUACUUGUGUUUGAAGGAAAUAUUCUGGCAGACACUCUGCAGUGAUGGAAAUAGAGUCAGAGUGGAACCUCUGUGGUUAAUUAUCCCUCUCUGACCCACAGCAGCAGCCUAGACUGUCAGGUUGUGUUGGACCAGUAUGAAGGAAGAACACAUCAAAUCUGAAGUGUCUGUGGAGAAGCACAUGAGACACAAACACCUCCUUCUCUCUGUCACAGACCACAGCCAUUAAGGCAGAGAGAGACUUUUUACUCUAAGCAUAUAUAUUUCUUAGGUCUUAUUUUUCUUUUUAUUAAAUGUAUAUGCUUGUAUUUUCAGCUAUAUUAAAAAUUUACUUUCAUGGAGCCUAAAGUCUACAAUUUGUAAGUUUAUUCUUAUGUUUAGGAGCCAUAUGAAAUUUAAAAAAAAAAAUGUGUUUGGUGUCAUUCUAAUCACCUAUUCAGUGUUAUUUUAGAUCUGUGAUCAUCAUAGCUAUUCAACAAUUGGAUUUGUACGUUUAAGAAAUCAGCUAAAGGCAAAUUCUAAAGGUAUUUGGCCUCAGACCUCUCCUGGACAGUGAAGUUCAACAUCACCCCUUGGGAGGAACACAUCCAUGAAUGAUUAGAUGCUGAUUUGAAUUUGGCUCCAAGACUUUUUGUAGAAAAGAAAGUCACUGGAAUGCAACUAGUUCUUGAAAAAAAAUAGGACAAAUAUAUAUUGGGCUAAAAAAACCUGUGAGCUUAUAUUUAAAUGCAGCUUUAAGCUGGGUUCUUAUAUGAUGGCUUAAAACAUGGUUUAUUGUUACACGCAUUCUGACUACUUGUUUUGGGCUUGAUAAAUAUUCUUUUCUACAAUUUAACUUGGGCUUUGUUUGUCUGUGUUUGACUAAAAGUUGGAACUCUUAAGUUAACUUUAAUAAUGCAGCAGUGAACAUUUUCUUUAUAACUAUGAGUUUCAACUCUUAGUGUUUUCACUUCGGCACACUUUUACAACACAAACCUGCCAAGGGUCCUACUUGUCUCUGAGAUCCUGAAGCAACUCAUCCAGCAGAUCAUCACUGCUUCACAUCCUGCUGAGGCCCCCUCCCUCCUACAAAGGCCACACAGGCAUCAUUUUCCUUCUGCUUUACAGGUCAAUUUACAAAUUACAAUUUGGUACUGCAGUUUACCAAAAUGAAAAACAGAUAAAUACAAAUCACUUCAAUAUUUGCACAACUAAUAUUUUUGAUAAUACUCAGUAAGAGAAUAGAGGAAGCUGAGCUUGUAGGGAUGAAAACUUCCAACAAUUUCAUAAACUAAUAGUUAAUAAAUGAUUCCAUGAAAUGGAUAAAAUACAGUGGAGGUUUUCUCACAUGCUGAUAAAAACGUUUUUCAGCGACUGAUAUUUAAUGUUUGCUGCACAACAGUUUGCUGACGUGGAAUUUGAACCUAACUGUCUUCUCUAGCCACACAAUGGGAAGCAGAAAAAGUAAAGUAAUGCUGAGAAACACAGUCUGACUUUAAAAGAACAUCACAUAUAAUCCAACAUGAGAAUGAGACAGAAUCAGCCCUGAUUAGCAGAGAUGCCCAAAAGGUGUUUGAUGCAGUCAGAGGUAGAAUAAAGGGAGGAUUUGUGAAGAACUUAUAGUUUCUAAUGGUCAUCUAGUAUGUCAUGAUGAAAAACAACAAAGAACAACAAAAAACAUGUCAUGAAGCUUGUAACAUGCACUUGUUAGAUGAAAGGAAGACGCUUGUGUCAUGUUCAGCAUUUUGACACCAGAACAUUGUGAAUGACAAAUAGUUUGAGGACUAAUGAGGAGAUGAGUCACUAAUUAAGUGAAAUAAAUAAAUUACAGGAUAUUAUACAGUGGUGGGUGACUAACUACCCUAAAUCUGCAUUUAAGGAUGAACUCAGGUAUGUUGUUUGUUGCAUUUGUUUUCUUUAAAUGUCUGUCCUAUACUGCACUGAGGUCCAGGAGGAAGGACAUUUUGUUUUCCACUAUGUUCACAGACAUGUGUUUGAAAAACAAUAAAACUGAACACACACAGCAACUGUUGUGGACUGUGUGCUGCUUUGACUGUAAUUAUUCUGUAGAUAUCGUAAAACUACAGAUGUACAAGGAAACAUUUUUCUUCACAUUAUCAGGGGCUGAAUUCACUGAUUUUAACUGCUGUGUUUUUUCAAGCAAUACAAUGGAACACAGUGAGUUCUAAAUGACAUUAUGAUGUCGCAAGAAUUUGCAGCAUAGAAGCACAUCUCUGAUGGAUCAGUGAUCAUUUCACCACCAGCACUGAAAGACUGAAGGACACUUUAGAGACAACUGAACAAGAGCAACACUUGACAAAACAACUUUGACAGUUCAGUUUCUACCAGAAGAGAAACAAAUAGAGAACUUUGACCAACAUGUCAUCCUGGUCAAGCUCAGAUUCCUCAGAGGCAUCAGGUAAGACCAACUCACCACUUGACAAAGUCAAUGUAUCUGCUCUGACAACAAAGUGGAUAAAACUGAAAAUCUAACAGUAAAAUUGUUCCUUAAAUGCAGCACAAGACAAAGCAGCUCUGUGUCACAUUCUGUCCAAGCUUUGAGAACAGCAAAAGAUCAUUUUUAGAAAAUUCUGCUAUAAACCUUAUCAGUGUUUGUUACUUGAGGCCAGUGUUGAUUUUCACAUUUAACUGAUCUGAGAUCUCUUUUUAAUUUCUACUGUUUUACUAAAUACAGGGACAGCAGCUGUGAAGGUGCUCUUCAAGGGCAUUGAUUUCAUUGUGCACGCUGAGCAAGAGAUGCCAGACGACUACGCAGCAGCAAACCUGAGAGCAGAGGAAUGCAACAGCGUCUCAGAGCUGCCCAGCUCUCUGGAUGACCUGGUCAAUAUGUAUCCAAAAGGAGACACUGCUCAAUGCGAGGUCAGAGUGGCCGUGGAGGAUGUCCUUAAAAACAUGCUGCAUCCUGAUGGGGAACAGAGACUCUCCCCUUUUAAACCUCUGAGGCAGCCAUUCUCCACAAGGAGCCACCUGACCGAGCUCUCUGACAGCAGAGACGAAAUGACCCCCUCCCAGAUGAAGACAAAUCUUUGUCCAAUGGAGGAACCUGGCCAGGAGUCAGACACUGGGUUUUAUGACACCACUCCAGCCACCAGCUGCAAGGAGGAAGACUCAGUUUCCAGGACGUCUGAUGGACAAGAUCUCUGCUCCAAUCAUGACGAUACAUCUGUUUGGUCUUCUGAUGGAGAAGAUCUGUGUUCCAAUGACAGAGAGUCAGUUUCCUGGUAUCCUGAUGGACUAGAUCAUCAGCCCAGUGAGGAAGACUUAGCAACCAGGUCUACUGAUGGACGAGAUCUCUGCUCUAACGACGAAGACUCAGCUGUUGGGUCUUUUGAGGAACGAGAUCUGUGUUCAAGUGAUGAUGAUGUAGUUUCCUGGCCUUCUGCUGAAGUUACAGAAACCAACUCCUCAGUCGGUGCUUCCUCUGGUCGUCCUGUAAAACUGCUGAAGAGAAUCCAAAGAUUCUGCAGCCGAAUCAGGACGACUCUCUGCUGCUGCUGGCGUCCCUCUGUGGAGGAUUGAAUUUAUUUGUUUAUUUUUUUGAUAUUAUGUUGAUUUCUUUUAUUUUGUUGUUUUAGUUGUUAAGUUAGUUUUACUUUAUGGUUUUACAUUAUUUUGUUGUUACAUUACCUUUACUUUGUUAUUUUACUUGUUUCAUUAGUUUUACUUUGUAUUAUUUUUUUCAUUCAUUUUGCUUUAUUUUGUUGUAUUCAUUUUACUUUGUUUUUUUAAUUGUUACAUUUGUUUUGCUCUGUUAUUUUACUUAUUACAUUAGUUUUGCUUUGUUAUUUUAAUUGUUACAUAGUUUCAUUUCACUGAUUUUACUUUAUUUUGCUUGUUAUUUUUGUUUUAUUUUGUCUUUUUUUGCAAACUCAUUGCUUCAUUGAGUUAGCCUUUCUUACAUUUUGCAAAUAAACAAUUUGUUAGCAAAUUUUUGCAUGUUGCAAAUAUAUUGUUUGCUUCAUGAAACUGCAUAACAAUACCUCAGAAUAUGUGCAUUAUUGCUACAAGUCAACGGGAAAAAAACAGGCCUGUUGUUCAGAGCAGUGAUUCCCAAUCAGAGGAAGUUUCUCCAGUAGUGAGGAGGUACGUGGAAACAUCAACUGUACUCAUGUGAAAUUACAGUUUAAUAGAAGAACUGAGUGAACCAAUGCGAGUACACAAUUAUUAAAAUAGAUAAGUAAUGGUGAAAAACUAAUUACAUGGUGGAAGAAGCUAUCUGAAAGUUGAAUCUCUGAAAUAAAAGUUGACAAACAGCUUAAUUAGCUGGCGACGGUUUGGAUAAAUAUUGUAGCAAACAAUAUUAACAGGUUGAGAAAAAGCAUGAGAAUGAAUGAAAGUAACCAAUAGAUGUUAAACUUUACAACUGAAUUUAAUGCAUAAAUAGCUCGAACAAAGCAGUUUCAGUUUAACUGGAUAACAAUGUCCACUUUCAUAUUAUUAAGCUUUAAAUGUGAUUCAAAAUGAGUUCAG